GGACAAUGGUUGACGGCUUUCACUUUGUACGCAAGGGAAAAUUUCGAAUGUUGUCUUUUCAGCGUGACAUAGGUGCAAAUGAAAUGCAACGAUACAACUAAAUGAAUGCAGACAAACAUUUCUAAGUGAAGGGGAUACUGACAACAUUUCCUAAGGCUUAUGUCUGAUCACAGCGAAGAUGAGGAGACUGAUGAGUCAUCGUCCCUUCUUCCCAAGAGGAAAGAUCAGAGAAACUCAGUAGAAGACAGAAAAUCGCCGUACUCCAAUUACUCAUCCUUACCAGAUGCUAAACAACUGUCAUCGGCUACUGAUGUGAACAAUGAAUAUGAACGAGUACCAGAGGAUGACACCAGUUCCACACCUACCUCAGAAACCACUGGAUUCUCUUUCUUUGCGUUACAUAGGAAACAAAAGGCCAUCCUCUGUAGCAUUUGCAUGGCAGACUUUCUUUCUUAUCUCUGCUUGUCACUGCUUGCACCAUUUUUCCCACAGGAGGCAUCAUCAAAAGGCGUCAAUGAUACGAUAUCAGGCUGGAUAUUUGGAGUGUUUGCCUUAAGCCAAGUUGUGUUCUCUCCCUUUUUUGGAAAAAUGCUGCCAUAUGUGGGCAUCAAAUUCAUGUUCUUAUCAGGGUUAUUCCUAAGUGGUGGAUGCACUCUCUUGUUUGGUGCCAUGGCCUAUGUUCCGGUAGAUGACGGCCCCCUGACUUUCGUGGUGCUAUGUUUCUUACUCCGGGUCUUUCUGUCUGUGGGAUGUACUGCCCUCAAUACAGCAUGCUACACUGUCUGUGCCAAAGAAUUCCCAGACCAUAUUGCUACAGUUUUUGGUAUUGGAGAGGUGUUUGUGGGUGUGGGAUUCAUGUCAGGACCAGCCAUUGGUGGUGUUCUCUAUGGGUUGGGAGGGUUCUUUACCCCAUUCCUAGUGAUUGGCGUCCUCAUUAUAAUCUGUGUUCCAGUUAACUGGAUUAUUCUACCUCCUGAUGACCGUUUUGAGCAAUCAGAAUCAAGUACCAGUAGCCUUACAUUGCUGAAAUCACCCUCCAUUAUUGUAGCGUCCUUAGCAAUCAUUGUAGCCUCCUUUAUUUGGUCCAUACUAGACCCAACACUGGAACCUCACUUACGAGAAUUUGACCUUGGUCCGGAGUUAAUUGGUGUACUUUUUCUGGUCAUGUCAGCAUUUUAUGCCAUUUCAUCACCAAUCUGGGGAUGGGUAGCAGAUAGAUGUCCAGACAACAGACUCCUGAUGAUUCCGGGUUUCCUGUUUUCUGCUGUUGGCAUGGCACUUUUAGGGCCCUCUACACUGAUAGGGUUUGAAGAAGAUUACAAUGUGCUGUGGUUGAACAUUUUGGCCUUAAUAAUACUUGGUAUAGCUGCUAGUCUGGCAUUAAUUCCAACCUUUGAUAUCUACCUCUACAUUGCUGAAGAUUUAGGUUUUGAAGAUGAUAUGAACACCUACAGCUUAGUAGCAGGCUUAUUUGGAUCCAUGUAUGCCUUUGGAGAUUUUCUGCACUAUUACUGCUUUUGCCUGUCUUGGAAUGGUAAGGUUUGGUAA